AUGUUCCUCUCACUCCUCGUCCCUCUUUUCCUUUCCCUGUCGCUUCUCCCUGUCGAGGCAGCUCCCUUCAGGCGAAUCGGACUCGCCCGAGUCGAUCCCAAAACGAUCUUAUGCCAAAUUUCAUUCGUUGACCGGUGGCUCUGUCCAGAGGGUGGUCUUAACCAAUACUCUCGAGUAACACCCAUUGGUACUGCAAGCGGCGUGAUGGAUCCAGAUGGUGCUAUUCGGUAUUCUCUCAAGUACGCCAACGCAGCUCGAUGGCAGCCCUCGACUCUGGUCAAUACCUGGACACUUCCAAAUGGCAGUAACAAUGUAACGGAACUCCCCCUGGCCUGUCCUCAGGAUGGGGUUAAUCCUUCGGUAUACACUGAAGACUGCCUCUCGAUGGUGCUCUACGUCCCACCAAACCUGACCCCGGUAAUCAGCAACGCCCCUGUUUUGGUCUGGAUUCACGGUGGUUCGUUCGUUAUAGGAUCAGCCAGCGAAGCUGGUUUGGCUGGCUCUAAGCUUGCGUUGGAGACAAACUCGAUUGUUGCCGUUAUUCAAUAUCGUCUUGGUGCACCUGUGCAGCUUGGGUUUUUAGCCCCCAACGGCCAGACCAAUCUGGGUGUCAAGGACGUCGUUAAUGCUCUACAAUUCUUGAAGAACAACGUCGCGGCCUUUGGUGGUAGCCCGAACAAGGUUACGCUUGCUGGUCAGAGCUCUGGCGCCAACAUGAUCCGUGCUCUACUCGGUGUCCCAUCUGCCAGUAACUUGUUCAGGUCUGCGAUUCUGCAAUCCGACCCCAUGAACUUCGGUUUGCUCAGGCCUACGAAUCAGCAAAACCUUCUGAACAAUUUCACUGGUGCAAUCGGCUGCAAUUCAGCAUCGUGUAUGAACACUGUUUCGCUCAGCUCGAUCCUCAGUGCCCAGGAUGCUAUCCAGUGGAAUCCUCUGUCGAUCGACGCCACUGUUGGAGAAGGCCAGCCAAUCCGACCGCUGUUCGAUGGAUCUUUCAUCACGAGCCCGGUCGAACCCGGAGCAUCCUUCCCUUCCAGCGUUAAUAAACCUCUGAUGAUCACCACCGUUCUCCACGAAGGCGCAAACGCUAUCUACAGCAUCUUCCCAGACCCCGUCCCAGAGAUGUAUUUCUGGGGGGCAACUGACCGAACCUUUGGUGCCGAACGCACCGACAUUAUCCUCUCCUCGCCCUACUAUGUUCCCUCGCCCGCUUUCAUCGUCGACGGUGCUCUCGAUGGGCGUGGUCAGCUCCAACUGCUUGCGACCGACUACUUGUACAAGUGCCCCGGGUGGACUUUUGGCAAAGCAUGGGCUCAGAGCGGUGGGCAGGUCUAUGUUGGUGAAUACGUCAACGGGGCUUCCUACCCGGCCAAUGCCAACAUUCCCAUUUGCACUCAACCCGGAGUUGUUUGCCACCAGGAUGAUAUUCAGAUUGUGUUCGGAACCGUUCCCAGCCCAACCCCGGCCCAGGCUGCCCUAACCUCGGAAAUCCAACAGAGGUAUCGGGCCUUCCUCAACAACGGCAACCCUAAUGUUGCAGGUCUGGCUAAUUGGGAACCUGCCACCUCCACCGAUGCUCGUGCCAUCAAGCUGGGUGGAUCAGGUGCUGUUCCAGUUGGUGCUUGUGACCCUAGCUUCUGGGGUUCGGCGGUUCAGUAUGACUAUCAGUACUACAACCAGUAA